AUUUCAAGUCCUAAAGCAAAAUCAUCAUCUGGAGAAUGGCUAUUUGGGACUGAUGACAACGCCGAUGAUGGUCUCUUUAGCAAUUCUGCCACAAAGCCCUUGGUGCCAGAAAAGAAAACGAUAAUAAAGAAAGAGAGCCCUGUUUUGUCCUUGGAAAAAGAUAGUAAAGUUCUGCAGAAUAAUCAACAUGACAAACAAGGAGAAUCAAAAAUUCAAGCCCCCAAGGGAGAAUUGGAAAUUAACCCAAAAGAUAAACUAUACAAGAAAACGACUAAUGUGAAACCACCAUCAAAGGGACCAUCUCGCUUACCUGAUGACACAAAGCAUACCAAAGUAGCUUCCACAAGAAAUACUACACAGCUGGGAGUUAGUUUUGAUAACCCUGUGAAAGCCAACACGCUGCAAAAUGUCAACAAGGGAAGAAUCAAAGUGAGUGGGAAUCGAAGGCCACCCACCAGAACUGCCAGGCGAUUAGCUGUUGAAGAACUUGACAAAGAUGAAAUAAAUGCUGCAGAGAACAAGUGUCUUCCUAUCUUAAAAGGAAACUCUGGGCCACCCACCCUAUUACAUCAUAGCGAGCUGCCUAGAAAGAAAAAUACUGAAAAAGCUUGCUUGGUUCCAUCAACCCACAGCAGCAACCAACCCAAUGAGUCAAAAUCAACAGCCUAUUCCGAUGUGAAUGAUCUCUUCGAGUCCAACAACCUUUUCACUAAGGAUAGUAACUCUAAACCAACACUGGAAGCUGAGGGCAUUGUAAGCCAGGUUGCAAAAAGUGAGGAGCUGUUUCCUGCUGCACAAGAGGGGACAGACCUCUUUCCUUCUAGAAAGACAUUAAGGAAAUUAAGUCCAGUCCCUUUCCCGGAAGAAAAACAAGAUGCAUUCAUCACUAGUAAGAAAACUGUGAAGAGAAAAGAACAGGAGCUCCCACCUCAAUUACAUCAAAGUUUCCCUAUCCAAGACAUUUUUGAGGAUGAUAUAUUUGCAAUAGAAACUGUUAAGCUGCCAGACAAAGCAAAAGAGGUAGAAGUCAAUUUGUUUGAUGAUGAUGUUGAUAUCUUUGCUGAUCUUGCUGUAAAAUCAAAGGAAAAGAGUACAAGAAAGAAAAUGGAAGCUGUAUCUAUAUUUGAUGAGGACACAGAUGAUAUCUUCUCCCCUGCCAGUCAAUCUAAGACAUCAACAAAAAAGACCACCUCUCAGUCAGUCUCAGGAAGUAAGUGUGAACCUAGAACAGCAAGCACUUUUGACGACCCUCUCAAUGCAUUUAAAGAGCACUAAUAAAGAGACUGCUGGACAAUUUAUCUUCAAUUUGUCACUGAAUGAUAAUUCCUUUAUUUUCUAAUCAAAUACUUGGUGUGACAAAACAGAAUAUUCCUGGACUCAUUCACUUGUGUAUUUUACUCCACGUGGCAUUUUAAAAAAUGUUAUAA